AUGACAGGAGCGACAUCAUCAUCGUCAAGAACAACAGUAGCAUCGGGAAAGACGGGUCGAGUACGACCACGCCCUAGGAGUGACAGUCGCUCCAGCAGGUCCAACUGGAGAUGGUCGUCUUGGAUGUUGGCGUUUGUUUGGUGCAGGAGUGCGAUCCAUGGGUUUGUAGCAGCGCAAGAUCUGUUGCUGGAUGAUGUGGACGAAUAUGCGUGUGAUCCGGUCCCAACGGAAUUGUCGGAUCGAAGUUUGGUGUUGUCUGUGAGUGGCAACGAUACGGAAUGGUUGCUCUACAGUCGACGCCUGGCGUUUCAACAGUUGGUGUUGGAAACGUACAAUGAAUGGAGCUUUGAAGCGUGUGAUUACCCACACUUUCGAACGAUGCAACAAGUCAAUGUCUCUAGUCUCGAUAUACUACUACUCGAACAGCAACAGCAUGACAACAUCAAUUUGUUGAAUAAGACCACCACCACUUCACUGGUCACGCUGGCCGUCGCGGCCACAUGUCGGAAUUGCACCGAAGCGCUGUCUCUCUUUUUCGCGCCACCGCCCAUACUUGCCUAUGACAAUGACAAUGACAAUGACAAUACCAAUGACACCACCAGCGCGCAAGAACGAGCCGCACCACUCCAAACGAAAACCAUCUCAAGUAGUCGACAAGCUAGUACUACUGGCAAUGACGCAAACUCGUGUGUCUGUCCCGCCACUCUCCAAACGUCUUCUACGCUCAGUGCUUCUAGAUCAUCCUCCAUUGAAGCCUACCAACGCACCGACAUUACUGCUUCUACCAGCCAGAGCCGACAAGGAUCCACGUCUUCGUCAUCGUCAUCUUAUACUGGUACAACAGAAGAGGAUGAAUUGACACGACAAGGCUUUGUAGACCGUCUGAACCAAGCGCUGUCGGUUCAUCCCGAGUUUGCGGCAGAAGACCUGACCGUCCUGGCAGUGGAAGAACUCCGCCAAGUCACAUGUGGGGCCGUUCUACGACCCUUUACGUCCUUUGCUUACUUGGAUGUUGAACUGGGACAAGAGCUGCCCUCGUCCGAAGAAGUGGCUGCUUUGGAGGAAUCCUUUGCUACCGCGUACAAUCAGCUCUCCUUUGCCACUUGUGAUCCGUUCCAUCGGACUGUACUUCGUGCCAAUCUACAAUUCCAGGUCGAUCAAGAAGAGUAUGAGUAUGAGGACUUGGAGGAUGAUGAUCGAGUACGUCAACGACACUUGGCCGUCAUUACCAACAAACAACGACAGCUAGUAGAGGACGAAGAAGCCUUUCUUAUGUUCCACAAUGUCACCAACUUGACUACGUGCACGUGUCCCGCCACUCCAAUACUAGGCGACGAAGGAGACGAUGGUCUCUCCCAAGAGGACUUUUUGGACGUCUUCCACUCGGACAUUGAAGAACUACAACAAGAAGGCACCCUUUCCGAAUCCAUUCAAGUGGCGGAGGAUUCAUUGGAAGAAGGGCAACAGGUACCCUGCCUCGGAGCUUCGUCGACCUUUGGGUCCCAAGUCUUUUCCGACUUGCAAGUCGACUUGCUUACCAUUACCCUCCAGGAGGCCCAACGACUGGAACAGGCAUUUGCCGAUGCCUACAAUCGACUGGUCUUUGAGACGUGCGAUGGAAACUUUCGAUCCAUUCAAGCCGUCGAAUUGCGCAUUGCGCCCGCGGCAGGCAAUGACUUGGCGGGACGACGAUUGCAAGACGUCUUGAAUGACUUUCGGGAUACUCUCACCACUGGAAAUGACGUCGUCAAUACCGACCAAGAAGAGCUGUUUCUCAAUAAUAACACGGCAGGCAAUACCAAUACGAGCAAUACCACCGAAAUAAGGCUGUCACCGUCCCAAAACACCACCAAUGCCACUGCCCACAACAACCAAACGCAAGACGACCGCGGUUCCAACACGAUUGCAUACUUUCAAGUCACGGGACGGUGUCGAAACUGUCCCGUCACUGAAGCAGGAGGAUUUUCCCUGUUUGAUGACGCCUUUCGUCGUCGAGAACGACGACUGGACCAUGACAGUGUUUUUCCUCCUCCACCCCGAAGGUUGCAAGAAGCAUUGGAUGUUUGCUUGUGUCCUCAGGGAAAGGAACCUGGACAAGAACCUCCUCCAUCGACGGACGACUUCCUCGUGGAUUUCAAUGACAAUCUCGUGAAGGACGCUCAAGAAGAAGCGGAAGAAAAGGAAGAGAUACUAGAAGAACAAGAUGGGACUACUCCGCCAGCUACACCAUAUGCUGUUCCCGUCAUUGUGAUUGAAGAGGUGACUGUCCCGCCAAGACGGAGCGAUCCCUUUAGAGUGAACACCACGUCUCCAACGCAGGCACCAACAACUGACGCACCCACGUCAGCGCCAACACCGGAACCAACAACGGAGCCAACUCCUAAUCCUACCAAUGAACCAACAGCAGCACCGACCAAUGAGCCUUCGCCCUCUCCCACAGGUCAGCCAACGUUCCCACCGACGCAGUUCCCUACCUUUGAGCCUACGCCAAACCCGACUGCUGCGCCCAGUGCUUCUCCGUCGGCGACCAAUUCUGCGGUACCGUCUUUUACUCCCAGUUCCACCCCAUCGGUUGUCCCCAGCAUGGUCCCUUCCAUCGCUCCGAGUGUCCGGCCGAGUGCAACACCCAGUCAUGCACCCUCAACGGUUCCGAGUCGCAUUCCAUCCUUGGCACCGACCAUGCAGCCGACCACGACUGUCUGCAAUGAGCCGUUCUUGGAUCUGCAAGAAAGGGUAUACAUUACGUUCUCCGGCAACACCCAACAACAGCAAGAUCAAUACUUCACUGCAGUCUUGUUGGCGGCAAGCCAGCCUAUGAAUGCUCUUUCGGGGUGCGUGCCAGAAGUGACAGCGUACGAUUCCUUCCAUGCUGCCAUCAGUGGCCCCGUCGAUCAUUCCAAGUGUCGUGCCAAGUACCCUCCCGAGUGA